AUGGAAACAUUAGAGAAGGCUAUAGAUGAGGCAAAAUCGCUCGUAUUUGGGGAUCUAUUUGGCCGACGGCAGAUAGUGACAGCAGUAGGCACAGCAGCAUCAACGGGCCCAACAGACGCCACCAGUGCCGCAGAAAAGUAUCGUUCGCUCGCCAAGUUUACGGCAAACAAUACUAUGCAAGAGCGGCGCUCACAGCUACUUAACAAUCCGUUACAAUCCGACGUAAUGUUGUUAGUCGGCCAGUCGCGGACGCCUAUCUACGGCCACAUGGUAGUGUUGGCUGCCGCGAGCCAAUAUUUUUUGAACCUGCUGAACCGUGGCUUUGAUGAACCGCCGAUAGUUGAGAUAACGCUGGAGCAGGUGGAUCCGGAAGAUUUUUUCCUGCUGCUCCGGUUCAUCUAUUGUGCCGAGUUUGAGAUUACGUUUGAAAACCUACCGACCCUGUACGAUCUAUCGCAUCGGUUCACUGUUCGGGAUCUGCAAGUUGCUCUGCGGAAGUUCUUGGAAGACCAGAUCUCCCUGGGUAAUAUUGUGCAAGUCAUGAAGAUGAACCGCCUGCUAGCCUUCAGCUCAAUCGACGAGACCUGCCUGGGCGAAAUCAGCAACAAUCCGUUGCAUUUCUUUAAACAUAAUGACUUUAUCACGAUCGACAAGGAAUUGCUGGUGACCAUUUUACGUCGACAGCACAUCAAUUGCUCUGACGAUCAGCUGGCGAGUGCCCUCGGCGUAUGGUUGCAGCACAAUACCACUGCGGAAGAGGAUGCCCGGCAGCUACAUGAUCUGAUACAAACCGGCAAGCGCAGCGCCGACUCCUUUAAGCUAGACCUGUUCGGCUUUCACCGGCGAGUUUUGCCAGGCGAAGAUGCAGGCGACUUUAUCUUCAAGAUCGACUCGGACACUCACAUCACGCUGUACGGCAUUGGGGUGUAUGUGCAGUCCGAUGAGCUAGUGGUGAACAUUGAAGUGAAGGUGUACGAGUCCGAAGUGGAAAUUGCCAACGAGCAAUACAAGUUCGCAAAUAAGCAGUGCGGCGAGGUGAAUGUGGCGGAUCUGUUUUUCGAGGAGCUCCACAUGGCACCGCGCAUCCAGUACCGGAUUUCGGUAGUUGUGACACCACCAUUGGGCGAUGAAGCGUUUGUGUUGAAAUAUCCGCGUACAUACCAUACCUCCAUCGAGCUGAACAUCACAACAUCAUUCCCCGCUAUCGAUCCGAUCGGGCUUAAAUAUCUCUACUGCAAAGAGCAGCCUAAUAAUGAAUGA